AUGUCAAAGUUCAGUCAACGUGACGAGGACGCUAGAAACAACCAUUUUCACGCUUAUCUACAGGAGGCGCGAGGCGAGAGGGCAGCCGAGAGGUCGUGCGAGAAGUCGUGCGAGAGGUCGUGCGAGCGGUCGUGCGAGCGGGCUUGCGAGCGAUCGUGCGAGCGGCCGUGCGAGCGGCCGUGCGAGCGGGCUUGCGAGGCGUCGAGUCGCGUCGCGCUGGACGCACUCCGCCGGCACUCGCGCCAGAUCGCCGCGCGCCGCGCGCGUCGCGUGCAGGUAUGA